CUCAUCCAUUCUCAGUCGCGCCUCACCUUCCAAGGCAGUGAAGGAAGGCACUCACCACGUCACCAUCCACUCGCGCCUUCCCAACGGCUUCAACGCCGGCGGUAACCACUCACCGAACACACCACAACCCUUCAAUACUGCCAUCAAGAACGGGAAGAGCACAGUAACGAGCCUAAAACAAAGCCAAAAUGGGUCGCUCAGGCUACGACACCACCAAUUUCCGCGACUCCAGCUCCGAUCCCAACGCGCCGCCGCCCCACAAAGCCGGUAUGGGCUUGAUCGUUCCUGCUUCCUCCUCAUCGCAAGACCCAAAAGGAAAAGGGAAGGAGCGCGCUGAUGCGCCUUCUGGUUCCGCCGGUGGGGCUCAUCAAAUUCCUUACGCGCACCUUCCUCCUGUCAGGCGGAGUGCUGAUUUUCGAGAAGCUGUGGUUGAGCCUUUUCCAGUUCUGCCUCAGAGCCAGAAGCAAUCUCGUGGCUUUGGGCUUCAAGUAGGACCUCGAGGUUAUGGCGCAGGAGGUGGUAAUCGCGCUCGUUCUGGAGCCUUGGGGGGUGGAAUGGAGACUGGCAGCAGCAAUAACCCCAUAGAUGUUGAAAUGGGCGGCACUUCCGCUUCCUCCGGGCUCGCUGGCACUGGCGCGGGCACUAUCACUGGCAUCAGCGAUGAUGACCUGAAUACCCCUCGCGCCUCGCAGUUCGCGCUGCCUGAUAAUUUUCCCAGGGCCGGUUCUCGAUCUUCUCAACACUCUCAAGCCCAACAAUCCUAUCUGGCUCACAGCCAGGUGCACACCCAGUACGAUGGUCUCCCUCCGCCUCCACCCCGUAUCCUCCGUUCACAAGCAUCUCAGUUUGGUUUCACAACCAACAAAAGCAGCAUUGGCGGCAACGGCAACUUCCACACCCAGUCUCAGGGCUCACGCUCACAGCCUUUCAACUCCAACAACCCUCCAUCAUCCUCGUCUAGGCGCAAUACGUUUACUUCGGAUACUGCCGAGCCACCUCAGUUUUAUGGUUCUCAGCGGGAAGCUCUAUCUCGCCCCAAUAGUGGUGCUGGCUCUGGUACUGGCGUCUACGACUUCGGCUCAUCCUCCUCCUCGUACUUCGGAAUGAGCGAGAGCGACGCAAGGGACUUCUACCUGCGUACGGUAACCCCACAACCAGGCCCAGCGCCGUUUGGUUUAAGUUUUUCUCCGGAAGAAUGGGGUCGCCCCUCGGAGUCAAUGACUGCCGCAAACACACCCAGGACCGCCGCCAGACCGCCGCCCGGAUUCCCGCCCGGAUUCAACACGGGCUCCGGACAGGGACAGGGACCCAUACUCGAAGACCGCGGCUUCCCUUUCUUCCCGCAACCAGUAAACCAGGUCGAGAAAGACCGGCGUAGGAAGGCAGCGCUGGAUGCUGGGUUUGAGGAGCUGUUGGCUAAGAGGCAGAAGCGGAACCACUAG